AUGGCCGCGCGGUCGAUGGGACGCCCCCCGCGCCGCUGCCGCAGGCGGAGCGAGUCGAGCGCCGAGCGCGUCGCUGCGAUGGCGGCGCGGCCGUGCGUGGUGCGGCGGGGCCGGGGGCCGCGGCACGGGCUGGCCGCCUCCUGCCUGCGGGAGCUGCAGGACAAGGCCCGCCGUGUUCUGGCUGUGGAGGAGGAGUUCAUCACCUUAGUCGUGGAAGAGGACGGCACCAUUGUGAACGAUGACGAUUACUUUUUGUGUUUGCCACCUAAUACCAAGUUUGUGGUGUUGGUCAAUAAUGAGAAAUGGCUCGGCAGCAUCUUAGACAGAGGAACAGGCUGGCUCUCGGGCUCUGCGGAUGAAGUGGACAGUGCUGUGGAGAGGUGGAAGCAGCUGGCCAGGCAGCUGAAGGAUGACAUGUCUAAUAUCAUCUUGAUGUCUGAAGAAGACCUCCAGGUGCUUAUUGAUGUACCGUGCUCAGACCUGGCAGAAGAACUUGGCCACAGUCAAACCAGAACCCAGGUGUUGCAAGACACCCUGCAGCAUGUUCUGGACAGACGGGAAGAAGAACGCCAGUCAAGACAGGUUUUGGGACUCUACCUACAGGCCUUGCAAAAUGAAACCACGUUCAAAAGCAAAGUAACAGAAUCUGAGACUGCACCAAGAAAGGAGAUGGAUGUGGUUGACACCGGUACCAGCAGUUUGGGCACUUCAGCUGAAACAGCGCUCAGUGACCACAUCCUCGGUGUUCUGAAAGAGAAACCGGCUCCAGAGCUCUGCUUGGACAGUCGGGAUCUAGAGCUGGUCCUGAAAGAGAACCCCUACGCCCUGGCCUCUGCUCUGAGACGGGAUGUGCAGGAAGUAAAAGCUCUGCAGCACGCCUGUGAUCAUGAGAUAUCCAAGCGUCAACAACAAGUGCAGAUUUUGCAUUCCCUAAGGAGCGUGUCAAAGGGCAAGAAAUCGCUGCCCUGCGGAGACUGGGUUAGUUCAAAACGCAAAAAAUAAAGGCUGUAGUGCUGCUUGCAAUUGAUGGAGUUUUUUGCAUUAGAAUCAAUACAAGCCAAGAUCUGUGCCGGGAGCCAUAGUUUGCUGGCCACGCUGUGGUCUGGCUACAGACAACUAAAAUCUGGAUGUUGUGCUGAGGCUUAAACUCUUCUGAUGGUUCCAAUCACGUGUAACCAAAGAGAUUUGGGCAUUUUGCAGAAUACUAGAACAAUGUUUUUGCUAAACACAGCACGUAAGGGGUUCAGCUUUGAAUACCUGGUUGGGAGCCAGAAGCUUCUGUCUGAUAAUGAAGCGAUGUGGUUUCUGAAGCCCCAGGCCGUUUGCUUACUUUGUGCUGCACCAUUUUCAAAGUAAAGGAUGGAAGACCUCCUGGAAGACACUUUGAGGCACAGUUACUAGAAAGAAAUGAACAAGAAACACUUGGAGGAUUGCUCACUGAACAUAGAGUGCUCAUUCUUCCGUAGGCUUUGUUGGGAUUUGGCCUAGUUAAGCUGUCAUUGUGCAGUUUUUCCAGCUGCUGUCUGGCUUUCAGCUCCAGCCUGGGAUCCAGGAAUUUGAAUUCUCAUGCUAAUUUCAUCAGUUAAAGGAAAUACAAAGUCCUUGAACUUCUGUGGUUUUUCUGCAAGGAACUCCUGCCUCUUGGGUGCAGUGUAAGCUUUUACUUGUAAAACACAGCAAAGGUGGAAAUACUUGCUUCAUAAGGCUGUGGGGCAGAAGACUGGUCCUUGGCCAUCUGUAUUGCUCUCCUCAUCAUUACUGUAGUAUCACAGUGCCUUCGUAUUAACUACCUGGCUUAUUUUUGGAGUGUUUUUUUCUAAUAUUAAAACCUUUUUACCUUACUGCUGGACUUGUUUUGAUAUUCCUACCAGUUAUUAUUAAAAGAUCAUGCUGAUAAGCAUUACCUUAAGGACAGAAGAAGAAAUUAAAUACAGAAGUACUCUGAAUUUAACCUGUCUGAAAUGUUUAGGUAGGACGCACGUUCAAUGCUGCACAUAAUCCUGUGAUUUCUAUUAAAAAUUCUUUUUAGUAGUCAAUCUGAUGUAUUGCUUCUUGGAUCUCUUUGCAGUUGUGCAGUCAAAGAUGAAAAUGCUAAAACAUCUCCAUCAAUGACAUUUUUAAACCUAACACUACAAUUAUCAACUGAUUUUUUUUAGUGUAGAUUUCAGUACAGCUCUUCACAUCGUAUUUUCACAGUUGAUUCUUAGCUAGAAUUUCCUGUUGGUGAUCACAAAGAGCUGCUGCCAGAUCUAAUGUUUCCACAGCAAAUAAUCAGAAGCUUUUCAGUAAACAAUCUUUGGCCAUCGGCCAGCACCCUCUGCAUACCAGCACAUGCAUGCUUGUGGGGAGAACUAACAGGAGAUUUUAGCUGAGGACAACAGACAACAUCAGAGGUAACACACUUCGAGACAUGAUAUUUAUUUUCCUGACAUGCUUAAUGACCUCAAAAUAAAUCAGGUAAGCUGUGCAAUAAACAUUGGCUAGGCUUUCCUCUUGAAAGCGAGCUACUGUGAUAUCAAAAUGCUCAAUGCUUCUAAAGGCCUAGGAGUCCUGUGACAUAAACAUAGAAACGUGGAAUAGUUUGGGUUGGAAGGGACCUUAAAGCCCAUCCAGUUCCACGCCCCUGCCAUGGGCAGGGACACCUCCCACUGGCUCAGGCUGCCCAAGGCCCAUCCAACCUGGCCGGGAACACCUCCAGGGAUGGGGCAGCCACAGCUUCCCUGGGCAACCUGGGCCAGUGUCUCAUCAUUCUCAUCCUGACGAAAUUCCUCCUUAUGUCCAGUCUAAAUCUGCCCCUCUCCAGUUUAUACCCAUUGCCCCCAGUCCUAUCCCCACAAGCCUUUGUAAACAGCCCCUCUCCAGCUUUCUUGUAGCCCCUUCAGGUACUGGAAGGUCGCUCUAAGGUAUCCUCGGAGCCUUUUCUCCUCCAGGCUGAACAACCCCAAUUCUCUCAGCUUGUCAUCAGUUUUCUACUUGAGAAAGGAAUAGGAUAAACAAUAGAAGCGAAUCAAACACAACUGCACGUUAUUUGUUUUCAUCCUGCUCCCCAUCCCACUGGGCGAGGGGGGAGGUGAGGGACCAGCUGUGUGGUGCUUAGCUGCCAGCUGGGGUUAAACCACAGCAGGCUUCUUAUUUCACUUGGUUAUAUCUAUCUCACACCUUAUGUCUUCAAAUCUGCUGCUUUUGAAUCAACGGCAUUCAGUCAGUCUCUGUCAGCCCAGCAGAGGGUGAUGCUGACAGGUUUCUGACCACCACUCUGGAGCUAUGGCACUGCAGGGAAAUUAAAAACGCAGCGUACUGAGAGUGAAGAGUGUACAACAGCAGCGGCACAGGUGAAAAAUGACACAAAACAUGUUUUAAUUGUCAAGACAACAAAUGAGAUAUGGCUAUUAAACAAAAAUGAACUACUCAAAAAACCUGAGCAAAAGUAUCAAAAAUAGAAGCAAGGAGGAAGUCAAACAAUUACUGGAGAAACUAAGUAGCAGCAUGAAAGGAGUUGCACAUACUGAGUGCCAUGCUCAGUGAGAAUGUUCUGCUUUAAACUCUUUAUUUAAAGGAUUUCCUUUUUAAUAACAGUAAGAUAACUUUUUGUGAGCGAUUAAGGCAUUUUGGCUGCAAGCUUUACUGAAUCCUGACAGACCUUUCAGUUUUGAACCAAUAAAAUCCAACUAACAAUGUUCAUCUAUAGACCUGAAGAUCCUUUACUGUUCCUGACCUGCAAGAGGAAUCUCUAACUUGGGUUCCUUGAGGAUAAUAAGAGAAAAUGGCAUUACUUGACAGGCGAAUCAUGCCAUGUUGGAAUCCUCACUCUCAGUCACAGCUGCUUCUUCUUCCCUGUGCAUUCUCCCUCCCUUUGAGGCACUGGACUUCUUCUUCUUCUCCUUUUGCUCCAUGUUACUCGAUGCAAGCUCUUCACUCUUCUGGGUGAUGUAC